AAAUAAGGUGGCGCGAUUUUCUGCUCACUUUCAAAUCUCUUCGCACCUCUCUCUUCCCCGCAAUCCCCAAUUCGAAAAACCUUAAAAAACUCGAACCCCUAGCCUUAACAAUUGAGCAAAAACCCAGAAAAAAGGAGAUGGAGAAAAAUAGGCGAGUAAUGUGUCCUGAUAAUGAGGAACUAGCUAAUUACUUGUUGCAAAAGAGGCAAGAGCUGGCCGAUAAACCCAAGGGGAUAAAAGAAAACACUAACAUGACUGUUUCAAAGGCAUACAACAACAUUUGCAACGCUCAGCAUCCCAUCAAGACACUCAAAGAUCUCAGUGACAUCAAAGGUGUUGGGAAAUGGAUUUUGGUGCUUUUGCGUGGCUAUUUUGACGGUGGUUCAGGAAGUUCAGAACCAGAAGAAUUAACUAGAAAGGGUACGGUAAAAAAAACUAAAGGAAACAAACGUUAUUUGCCCCAAAAGAAUUCAGUGGCAUAUGCAUUAUUGAUUACUCUAUACAGGGAGACCGUAGAUGGGAAUGAAUUUAUGCAUAAGCAGGAUCUUAUUGAUGCAACUGAAGCAAGUGGACUCUCACGGGCGCCUAUUAUGCUGGAGAAAGGAAAAGGGAAACCUAGCCAAUUUGGAAGUUCUCCAAGGGACUGGUAUAGUGGAUGGACCUGCAUGUCUACAUUGAUAAAAAAGGGAUUUGUUGUGAAAUCAAGUUGUCCGGCGAAAUAUAUGCUGACACCAGAAGGCAAGGAAGCAGCACGUGAAUGUCUAAUGAAAUCUAAAAUGGAAGAUCCCUUAGAAAAUUUGGUUGAUGUGGAAAGGCUUUCUCAACCAGACACACAAAAUGCAUCUGUUCAGAAGUUAUGCGAUUUGUGUACAGAAGAGACAACUGAAAAGGCUGAUUUUCAUCGGAAAAAAUCCAUUGAUGUUCCUCUUGAUUGUCUUGAAAGGUGUACUCGCAUGGGGUACUCGAAGGAACAAGUUCUUUCUGCUUUUGUUGAAGUCUCUGAAACUUCGAAGAAGAAGGAGAUUUCAUCACUUUUGCCAGCAGUCUUGUGUCGUCUUCGUGAAGAUCAAGUUUAUGGGCAAGAAGCUUGUGAUGGAGUGCGAAGCACUAGGAUUCAAUUAAGUAAAGAUGGUGGAGAUAGGCUGAACUUGUGUACCUUGACCUUGAGGGCCUGUUCUUCCUCUAGGCCAAGUUCAAAUGAUCUAAAAGCAGAUAUGAAUGUCUUAAGUAUUCCACCUCUGAGCUUUGGGGAGAAGUUUGAGGAUGUGUAUGAAGUAAUUCUAAUAUUAGAUGAUCGAGAGCAAUUUACCAAUCAAGGUGCACGGUCCAAAAAAAUGUUGGAGAAGAUUUGCACGGAAUUCAAAAUCAAAAUAAAUGUUAGAAGGUUGCCUAUAGGAGAUGGAAUCUAGAUAGCUCGCCAUAAACAUCUCUCCAAUGAAUAUGUUCUAGACUUUGUUGUUGAGAGGAAGAAUGUUAAUGAUUUACGCUCUUCGAUACGGGACAAUCGUUACAGGGAUCAGAAACUAAAGCUUCUGAGAUCUGGACUUAAAAAGUUGAUAUAUCUUGUGGAAGGUGACCCAAAUUCUUCAGAAGCUGCUGAAAGCAUCAAAACUGCGUGCUUCACAACAGAGAUUCUAGAGGGGUUUGAUGUUCAGAGAACAAGCGGUUUACAUGAUACCCUGAGGAAGUAUGCUUAUCUUACUCGAGCAAUAACUCAAUAUUACAAACAGCACAUGCCUGAGGAUGAUUCUAGAUUGAAUGGGGUCUGUCCCUCCUUUAGUGAAUUUAUCCGAAGGUGCCAAGAGCUGGAUAAAGUGACAGUCAGUGAUGUAUUUUCCAUUCAACUUAUGCAGGUGUCACAGGUAACUGAGGAAGUUGCCAUAGCUGUUGUCGAUUUGUAUCCAACAUUAGUGUCUCUUGCACAUGCUUACUCUCUUCUUGAGGGUGAUGUCUGUGCACAAGAAGAGAUGCUUAGGAAGCAGAGUAACAACGUGGUGAGCUCAGUUGCUAGUAAGAAUAUUUCUCGGUUUGUUUGGGGUUGAAUUCACUUUGGCGCAUCUCUUUGAUAUUGUAAAAUCGAAAUAAGAUUUGUCUUCAUUUAA